AGAUUAGACGAUCACUGUGGCGUCGUCGGCGAACGGAUAUUGUUUAUGCUCGACAUUUUCUAAAUCUUUUGGAAUUAGAUAGCAGAUGUAAUUUUUAUCAUAAUAUCGCUUAUUUUGUUCAUAUUUAAUGUAAACUUGCGUGAAUUUGAAACACCUACUAAAACUGUACAAAGGAAAGUUGAUAAGUUGACGUUUGGACGUAAUGUGUAUGCCAAUAAGGCUAAAGUUUUUUUCGCGACCAUUAUAGCGGGAAAUCUACGUUGUGACGCGCACAAACCGUGAUUAUUCGUCGCGAGAACUGGCGAAGUGUCGUAACAGCCUGGUUAUGUGGCCAUAUAUAUUUUGACAGUGGACUCGUGAUAAAAAUUGUUUUAUUUGACAAUGUCGGAGGAAAUGGCGGUGUCUGAUAACACAACUGGGGACGAAGCUAAAGUAACCAACGAUGAGGCAACCACAGCCGCAGUCCCGGAGCCCGAGGCAGUGGCGGAGGAGGCGGUGACCGAGCCCACGGCUCCCGUCGCUGAAGAGCCACCAGCUUUGGCGGAAGAGGAGCCUGUACCAGAUCCGGCCCCAGACCCGGAUCCAGAAGAAAUAAAACCAAAGAUAGAAGAAGCUGAUGAAUCAACAGAUGUUAAGAAAGAACCGGACUGUGAAGACAGUGAUGUACCAAUUGACCCCCCGGAGUACGACGUGGAUAUAAAGAAUGAGGACGAGGUGUUUGUUAAAGAUGAGAUUGAGACGUUUGAACAUAAUAUUGAGGAACAUUUAAGUAGAGGUAUUAAGAGGAGAGCCUCGUCUACGUUCAGUGAUGAUGGAGACGAAGAGUUUAAAGGUUUCGAUGAUGUCAAAGUGGAAAUUAAGACAGAAGGCUACUUGAGUGUCUUGGAGCGAUUGGAGGAAGAGGUGACAGCUGCCAGCAAAGACUUGGUGCCACUGAAAACAGUUCUGGCCACGCUCCACCCACCCGGAAGAGCAUCUAAGCGAUUACGCAAAGACACAGAUGGAUCCAGGCCCUCGUCAGCUCUAUCUUCAAGGUCAGAUGGAGACGGUGCCACUGAUCCAGCAUUCAAAAUCGAAGUUGAAAUCAAACGCAAAAAGGCCAGUGCGGCAUCAUCACCAGCCCAGCGCGGAGGACGCAGGGCCACCACGGAAAUGUCGUCACCUCUCCUCAGGGUGCCUCUGGAGAGAGGCUGGAAGAGAGAACUGGUGUUCAGAGCGGCCCUGGACGCUCACUCCAGAAGAAAUGCUGAUAUUUAUUACUAUACACCCGCGGGGAAGAAGUUGAGGUCUACUAGAGAGGUAGCAGAACAUCUGGCCGGUACCGGGCUGACAGUGGAGAACUUCUCCUUCUUCAAAGAGCCACUUGGAGUUGAUGACCCUGAGAAGGAAAUUAUAAGAGACGCGAAAAUGAUCCGUCGCGUGGAGUCUCCGGUGGCGGCGCCGGCGCCGCUGGAGGGCAAGCGGACGCCCAAGCCCAAGCCGCCCAAGGGCGCCAGCCCCGAGCCUGCGUCACCAGCCCAGCAAGCCAAGUCGCCGCCUGCUAAACUCAAGGACCAAUUUCAAAUUUUAUUUGAAAAAUUGCAAAUUGAAAUGCAAAAACAGACAGCUGAAUUGAAAAUAUCUUUAUCCAAUGCAAUAAUGGAUAAAAUAGACGAUAAAAUUAAACCUGUUUUGGAAGACAACGAAGAAUUAAAAAUAAGAAUAGAAGAACUAGAGAAAGAGAUAGAUUUCUUAAAAAGAGAAAAUAAUCAAAACAAUAUGAUUAUUUUUGGAUUAAAAGAGCAAGCAGAAAAUACUUCAAGACUGAUACAAGAGGUGAAAUCAAUGGGUUCCCGUCUCAGCACCAACGCUGCCCCAGCCCCGGCAGUAUCAACACCGCCCCCCAAACAACAGAAGAAGCCGCAACAACAGCAACAGGCAACAACUCCGAGCAAUACUGACAACAACAACAGCGCUGCUUGGAAGAAACCCAGCGCCCCCCUCCCGCCCCCCGGCGCCCCGGCCGCCCCACCCGGCGCCCCACCCGCCGCCCCACCCGCGCCCCGCGUGCCGCCGCCGCCGCCGCUGCUGGGCCGCCCCGCGUCGGCGCCGGCGCCCGUCCACGAGCCUGAUACGCACAGUUCGCCGAGCCGAGCCCUGCAGCCGUGCUCGAUGUCAUGCGGACGCGGUGCCGUGCCGUCGCUAUCGUGUGCCGCGUGUCUGUGUCUGUACCACCCCGCCUGCGCCGGCCUGCGGGCCGCGCCGCCGGACCCUUUCUUCUGUAAGAAUUGCCGCAAAUCAUCAUCACCGCCGCUAGAACCGCCGCCUCUAACACACAAGUCAGGAGUCACGACAGCCAGUCUGCCGGUACCUGUGCCCGUGCCUGUGCCUGUGAUGGCUCCUGUGCCGAGACGCGUACCUGUGCCUGUCCCAGUACCUGUACCUGGGAAGGUGCCGCGCGAUAAACGGGUGCUGCUUAGGAUGAAGGUAGCAGGCGGCACCCCAGACGGCGAGCGCGUAUGGGCCGUCGCCGGCGGCCCAGCUGGGGCCCCGCCAGCUGCACCCGGGCCCCCGGCUCCAGCCCCAGCCCCGGCGCCCGUACCACCAGCCCCAAGCCGCGCCCGGGCCCCACGCCCAGCCCUACCACAAGGCUUAGCCGUCCUCAACGGCCGUCGCUUUGUCGUCGUACCGAGAAAUAUGGUACAUGCUACACAUGCUGCUAAAUGCGAGGCGCGUCGUACCCGCGUGACGAACGGCGCGGCGGUGAGCGCGGCGUCGCCGCGGCGCCGCGCGCGGCAGCGCCCCGACGACACCGACCACUUCACCGCCUUCUAUAACAAGGCGCAGGAGAAUAACUAUAAUGUUGUUGUGCAGAUCUUCCAAUACCUAGGCAUGCGUGAGCUAGCGCAAUGUGCCCGCGUGUGUCGGCUGUGGAGGACGCUGGCCGCCACGCCCGCGCUCUGGAGGCACGUGCGGAUGAAGAACUCGCAUGUGAGCGACUGGGCCGGGCUGUGCGCAGCGCUGAAGCGUCACGGCACGAAGCGACUCGACCUGCGCAAGAUGUUGCUGCCGCAGAACGACACGGUGUUCUGGGAGCAGUUCGCGCAGCACAUCUCUGUAGUGGACACCCUCGAGCGCAUCGAGAUGUGCCGCUGUCCCGCCCGCGCCGUCGAGGCCGUCUGCCGCGGCCUGCCCGGGCUCCGCAGCCUCGCCGCCCUCGCCAUCCGCGACGCUGUCCUCGACCCGGCCCCCCUCGCAGCCCUGCCCCUGCUGCACGAGCUGCGCCUCAAGUCCAUGGCGGGGCUGUCGCUGUCGCAGGACCUGCGGCACCUGGCGGCGCUGACGCAGCUGACGCACCUGUCGCUCACCAGCAUCAAGGAGCUGGGCUGGUGCGCCUGCGACGUCAUCGGCUCGCUGCCCGCGCUCGAGUCGCUGGAGCUGGGCGAGUGCACGUUCCGCGCGGGCUUCGCGUCCGUGCUGGCCCGCCUCGCGCGGCUGCGGCGCCUGCGCCUGGAGCGGGGCUCGGCGGCGGCGGCCGACGUGCUGCGGGCGCUGGCGCGGCUGCCGCUGCUGACGCGCCUGGAGCUCGUCAACAUCGACGUGAAGCCCGGCUUCGACGACGCGCUGGCCGAGUGCCGCAACGUGCAGCGCCUGCUCAUCAUCCCCACCUACGUGUCGCAGUCCGCCACCACCAACCGGCAGGUGCUGUCGGGCGUGCUGCGCCUGCGCGAGUCGCUGACGCACCUCAUGUGGGGCGUCACCAUCGAGCUGCUGCGCGUGACGGAGCUGUUCAUCGACCAGUGCGAGCAGGCGGGCGAGCCCAAGCGCCGCGACGUGGGCGAGUGCAUCCCCGUGCUGAAGCCCGUGCCCGGCUGCCGCCUGCCCGACGCGGCGGUGGCGGGCCCGCCGCAGGUGGAGAUCCUGCCGCUGCCCACGCUGCAGCGCCUGCUGUCGCAGCAGCUGCCCACCACCAAGCUCAAGCUGCUGCGCAUCCCCUUCCACGCCACCUGGCGCCAGUCCCUCGCUGACUUCCAAUAGUGAGCUCUUCACUUCACCAUACUGUUCUAAACUAAAUCUCUAUAGUUCAUACGUUUUUCCACGACAAUUCUAUGAUAUUUUAACUUGGAACGACAUCAAUGCCGCGGUGGGCACGCUGUGAAUAAUGCUUGUUCCUUAUGAACACGCUGAUAUAUCACUCCUUGUAUGGAGUAUACGCCUAUGUAUGUUUGUUAACUAAACGAGACCAUUUUAUUAAAAUAUUGGCGAAAAAUUACAUCUGUACUCCAAGUCCCAAAUAAUAUAGCCUAGUACAUCGAUACUAUAUGUAGUAUGUAUAUUUACCUGUUUUAAGGUUAUAUGCGAGCAAUAAAACUUAGCUAAAUAGUUGCAGUAUACAAACAUAAAUUAAAAUAUUUUGCUGAACAUUUUAGCAACCAGUAGCCCUUUUAACAUGCCUUAAAUAAAACAAUUUAUAUCACACAAAAUCAUAUUAAUUAUAGUGGAGAAAUUAUAUAACUAUAUUAAUAAUAUGUACAUAUAUUAUGUAGGAUGAGCGCUGAUCACAAUACAUAUUCAAUUUCAUACUUAUAUUAGUAUAUUAUAUUUUAUUAUAUAUCUAGUUUACAAGAGUUAUAGCUGGUUGCGCGUUGACAGUUUGUCAAGUGCGAGUAGAUAAAACAAUGACGAUUAUAGUACUUUAGAGUACUCGGUAGUUUACCGUAACUGACCUAAAAGUUAACUGACAAGUUAAAAAUAACUAGACAUGGACAUAUAGUGCUGUUAUAGAAAGUUUACCCAUCUAAUAUAGCUGUACAACUUUUGAUGCAACAGUUCGUUUAAAAUUGAUUCUUUUUAACCAUCAUUUACUCAUGAACAUUGUGAGAAAAAAUGCGAAAGGAUUUUAAAUUUGAGGGUGUAUAUAAUUGCAAUAUACUUGAUUAAUUUUAUCUAAUUAUGCAAACGGCCCUCAAAACCUGCAUGGCACCGAAAAACUGGGAUUUUAACACCCAUGGGUAUCUCAAACAAUGAAUUUCACAUAGCCAUGGGAAAUUUGCAUGUCUAAACACAAAAUACGUGUAAAGUAAAGGCGUAUUCAUCGCAUACAUUGGUACAUACAUAGAUAUAUUUUUGUAACAAACCAAAUCUUCCACGGACACCAAUAUUACAAUAAUUGUAAAUGAAGUACCAGAAUAUAUUAUGAUUGAAGUUAUUAGUUUUAAUACGAACAUAGAAAUAUUAUAUAAAAAUGUUUUUAAUGUAAGACUUGUAAAUAUUUUCUAAGAUAAAUUAAUGAUCAGUGCCUAUAAAUUGAUUUGUAUGAUCAUACCAACAUCGGCGUGAUUAGUUGAGCGUGUAUCUUUAUUUAAGACUAGAUUGCUUGCAUUUUUAACGCUUUUUAGUCCAAAUAAAACAACAUGGACGCAGUUUCGAAA